CGACGCUAUAGGGAGUUUGGUGGAUGGCGACCUUAUAGAGACAGAGGGGCUGAGUGAUCUGAAACAGCUUCCGGAAAGCUCCGUGAGCGCGCAGCUAAACCAAGAACCAUUGGAAUUGAAGCACGCUCAUACGUGGAACGAGGUUCAUGAAGUGGCUGCUGGUCCAGAUGGCUCUGAGCGGAGAAGGAUGGAAACUCUCGCAUUUGUAGCGACGUUCAACAUUGUGGAUGCCGCUGCUUUGCCAGAAGAACCGCCGUCUUUUGGGAAGGGAACGCCAAGUCUCCCGCUAGUGUGGGCGAACUCGUUUAAGUUACACGACCAGUUGCGGUUGGGCGUUCAACAACCAGGUUUAUCGAAUCUCGUUCUGCGACUGCACUACGGCUCUAGCGGACACGUGCUAGAAGUGGACAGGCAUGAUGUACGAUGGACCGAUCCCGAAUUGGAUAGCCUUAUACUCCACGACAAAGAAAUCGGUCUUCUGAAACAAGAAAAAAAAGAUACCGAUAAGAUUAAUAUAACUGUUGGGAAAGAGCCGGACCGACAAAAGAAUGCUGCAAGUGUUGGUAAAGUAAAGGAAUAUUAUUUUAGAGAUGCCGGUGGUAAAGUAAGGGAAGAUAAAGAUACUGAUCCUCGUAUGCGAGCAUUUCCUCGGCGAUUCUCUGUUAUGGCAUCUCUUCGCGACUUCGCGCUGGCAGUCUUAUCUGCAAAUAACUCUAGGGCAGAUGAUCAUGCUGUCUUCAAAAGCUCAGACACCGAUUUCUAUAGUAUGAUAAAUACUCCAAACCAGGCCUGGCGCGACUUACAAAUGGUUGAGAGCAUCAUGUAUUAUGGUAGCAAGAAGUAGAAAUACGAACACGAUGGAGUAGAACAUGGUGGAGAACAACGUGACUCAGAUAGUAUUUGUCACAUAUUAGUACAGCGAGAAAUAUUCU